AUGAAGGCAAUAAUGUUAAUAUACGUUAAUAUAAUAAUAGUCAAAUUAAAUAAAGGUUUCAUAUUAUCUGAUGCGGGUUUUGACGUUUGGUUACUCAAUUUUCGUCUUGCUGGUAUUUCUAAAUACAUUAAAAAUCCAAAAACUGGCGUGAUAACUCCGUUGAGAAAUAUAUCAUGGGAUUUCAGGUAAUACUGUUUAUGUCAACUAAUAACAUUAAGCUACUAUUCUUAUUAAAACUAAUACUGAGGAUAUGGUAUUCUAAUAUUGUUUGAGAAUAUAAAAUCAGUAGGUACAGUUGAGAAUAUUAUUCAAUAAAUUUAAUAUGAUAAAUUAAAUUAAUGAUUUAAUUGAAGCUUUGACGAACUGGGAAUAUAUGAUACAACAGCUGGUAUUGAUUUUGUCUUAAACAAAACUGGAUAUUCUACACUACACAUGGGUGGUUAUUCUUUCGGAGCUACCAUAUGCCUCGUCGCGCUUGCUGAACGACCAGAAUACAACAAUAAAAUUGACAAAUUGCUAUUGAUAGUUCCAACAGCCAGGAUGAAGUAUUACGACAGAAGGCUUAUCCUUUUAAAGAUAUUCCCAUAUCUAUUCCAUGUAAAAACCUACUUGUUUACUAUCUAUAUUUAAUGAAAAUAUUAAUGAGUCACAUAGUUAAAAAAAUAAUUGAUUGUAAUUUUAAGUGCCUCGUAUAGGUGUACUUAUUCGUUUCUAUAAAGACUAUAUUAUCUUUUGUAUAAUGUGUAUCUGUUUACUUAUACAUAUUAUCAAAACUAUUUAAAAUUGUAUUAUUAUAUUUACAUNAAAAACCUACUUGUUUACUAUCUAUAUUUAAUGAAAAUAUUAAUGAGUCACAUAGUUAAAAAAAUAAUUGAUUGAAAUUUUAAGUGUCUCGUAUAGAGGUGUACUUAUUCGUUUCUAUAAAGACUAUAUUAUCUUUUGUAUAAUGUGUAUCUGUGUCAUGGGCGCAACUAGGGUAACAUUUAUGGGAGUGCUAAAAUCCAAAGCACAACACGNUACUAUCUAUAUUUAAUGAAAAUAUUAAUGAGUCACAUAGUUAAAAAAAUAAUUGAUUGUAAUUUUAAGUGCCUCGUAUAGGUGUACUUAUUCGUUUCUAUAAAGACUAUAUUAUCUUUUGUAUAAUGUGUAUCUGUUUACUUAUACAUAUUAUCAAAACUAUUUAAAAUUGUAUUAUUAUAUUUACAUUGUAAACAAUAUUUUCGUUUAUUUUUUUAUUUUUUUAGAGACCAUUAAGAGGCAGAAAUUACGUGCCUAAGAUGAAAAACCCGGACAAUCAGUGGUUUGGAAACCAAUGUAAAAAUAAAAUGUACAUGAAAUUAUUCUGUUAUUAUGUGAUGACCCAAUUACAAGGCAACCUUUUACCCAUAGAUUAUGUAUGUAAAAUAUAAUUUUAUGGAAACUAAUGAAAAAACUGGUGGUGGGCGUAAGUCUUAUCAUUGUUGAUAAAAAAAAUCAAAUAAGUUUUCUGUGUUCAGAAUCUGAAAAGGUUUAUUUAAAUGUUAAAUAAUAGGUAUACCUACAAAGUAUUCAAUUUUUAAUUUUACGUAGGUACUUACUACUUACCUAUUAUUAAUCAGAUGAUAGAAAUUGUCUACAAAAUAUUUUCAAUUUCUAAGUAGAAACUUAGUAGAAGCUUGUUAAAUAUGCACAAAAUGUAUUAAUUUUAGGCGACCAUAGAUAUCUUGAAAACAUAUCCUCAGCCGACGUCCGUCAAAGUGAUGACACAUUAUUAUCAACUAAUACACGAAAGUGAGCAUAGCAGUAAUUAAUUCACUUUAUUAUUAAUAAACUAAAGUUUGAUAAUAUUGCAUUGUAUACUUAAAUAUAUUAUAAUAUAUUACUAGUUUUACUACUAGUUAUUUCGGUAUUAUUUGUUUGUGUAUAUUUUCAGAUUAUUUCCGAAAAUACGAUUAUGGAAAAAUCGGAAAUAUAAAGCAUUACAACUCCACUACUCCACCAAACUAUGAUUUAUCUAAAAUUACAGCGAAUACAUAUAUAUUUCAUUCAAAAUAUGACAUUAUGGCUCCACCAAAGGUAAAAAUAUUUUUAUUUUUUUAAAAAUCCAAACGGGACGAUUGGCAAUUUGUAUAGGUUAGGUAAAAGAUAGGAUUUCUAUCUUACAAAUAGAGCCAUUUAAUUGUUUAAAUACGUUUUACUACUGAAUACUAUAAUAAAUUAUUACAAAUGAUUUUGAAUGGAGCUCGUAUAAACAUAUUUUCUCCUAAAUUUAAAUUGAACAUUUUAUUAGCUUUUAUCACAAAAUAGUUUACAAUUUUUUCGUGUUUUAGCAAAUUGUGUUGAAAGUUUGAAAUUCAAACGCUGAUAAAUAUAAUUGUACCCAUAUUCAUUUUUGAUUCUAUUAUAUUACCAUAAAAGAUAAAAAAAACUCAUAUAGAACAUUGUAUUAAAUUUACAUUUAUCUAUUCAAACAUUUCAAACUAGCAAUAACUUAAAAAAAGUGGAUAUAUUGUAAAAACUGUACAAUGUCUAAAAAUUAUUAAUAUUACCAACGUAUUCAAUGAAGAUUUUAAAUUUCUAAAAAGAUUUCUUUUUGAAUUGUAACAAAAACUAAAUUGAUUUUGUCAAUUAUUAUUAUUAAUGUUCUAUUUUUUUUAAAUAAUUGUCGAUACUUUUUCGGCAUGGUUAAAAAAAAUAUAAGUAAUUCACAAAAAUAAUAUCUCCGAUACCUCCACUAGAUAAAAAUGUUAUCAGAUAUUAUCCCUGGUGAUAAUAAAAUUGAAACAUGACUACUCAUCGAAAUCGUAUUGUAUAGGAGAAAAUAAAAAGCGCGCAUCAUCCCCGUUCUGAACUAAAAAUUAAAUACCUAUUAUAAAAGCCGUCCUAUUUCAAUUAGUAAACAACGAAUAUACCAAUAUCUAGAGAAUAGAUAUUUUUAUUAAUUGAAGGACUAAUACCCAUAACAAACAAAAACUGUUAGAUAAUAUAAUACUACGACAUGCCGUUGUUGGGCUGUGUGUGAAUUAGAAAAUAUGUUAAAAUAGAAAAGUAAAAUGUAAUAAUUAUGUUAACAACGUUGUUUUAGACCAAAGAGUAACCUAUCUACUUUUUAUUCACAUGGGAAAAUAUUAAAUAUAAAUUUUAGCCGCUCAUUAUGAAGUUUAAUCGAUGACAAAUGUAUUCUACUGAAGUAACUGGCAAAUAUACCGGCUGUAAACUCGAUGGUUUUUCAAGUUUUCAAGUUAUUUUUCUCAAAAGCUUUUAAUACUUUAAACAACAUACCUACUAAAUUACACUUUGUCCGCCCAUAACAAUUAUAAUCUAACAUGUUAUUCCGAAAACUGCCCAAUUUAAUCGGGAACACAAUAAUAUUUGAGUUUUCAAAUUGUAAGGGCCUAGGAUUAUACUAGACUAAAUAAAAUCGGUCUAGAAAUACACCCUCACUAACCUAAAUUCAACCUAAUUCUAUAGAGUCAUAUACUUUGUUAUGAGUUUUUGUUUAAAUGAAACUUCUACAGCAACUUAGGCUUCAUUUUUUUACUAAAGAUAUUCUUUCUUAGCAGCCUAGGUGAAAUCGUGUAAUUCCUUCUAUUAAGGGUUCUUUAUUUUUUCAGGACAUACAAUGGUUAGUAAAUAAAUUACCUAAUGUCAAGAACAUCACUAUGAUAAAGUCAUUCAGCCAUAUGGGAUUCGCUAACAGUCCGUAUUUGAAACCAGUUAACAUUUUAAUUGCUAAACAUUUAUUGUAA